AGAGAGAAGUUUAGUGAUGAGAGAAGUGAGAGCAACACUGUUGUGAUGUCAAAACAUCGCGAUGUUUUCCUGCCUGACAAGGCAUUUCGGGCUAUUUCUUCCUUUUAGGACAAUAAUGGAAUUAUUAAUCUAACAAAACGAUAAAUGAGAACCCAACACGAUGGGCUCUCAAACUUUAGAAAUACUACGCCAAGGAGUUUGGGCCUCUCUUACGGGGGGCUGGUAUUAUGACCCACACCAGGAUAUGUUUCACAACACAUUUCAUCUUUAUCUCUGGCUUUUUCUUUUGUGUCUACCGUUUACCAUUUACCUGUACUUUCCGUCGACGGUGCUAGUAUGGAGUGGCUACGUGACGGCGGUGACAGCCGUGUUCAUGACCAUCAAGCUGGUGAACAUGUCGCUGCACCGCAUGUACGACAGUGGUGACUUCGAGCUCGAAGAAGAGGUGCCCAUACUCACGCUCAAGACACCCACUGGUGGCCGCAGUGGCUCAGGGAAAGGCGAAGAGGAAGGUAUCGAGAUGCAGGUGCUUGGAAAACGCACGUCUGAAAGCACUGUGCCAAGAGAUCCGACCAUUGGCUCGGAGGACAGCAACGAGUCAGCUGAUUACAACCAAGCAGCUGGCACUGAUCCUGCUAACAGCACUAUAGAUUUGAAAGCAGACGUGCAUCGGAAAAACAGUUCGGAAAGUUCAGAGGAAAUGUUGAACAAUGCAGCGGGGGGCAGAGCUAGUCAGAGGGGUAGUGUCGAUGAGGGGGCCAGGAAUAAAACUAAAAGCAACCGACGUCCGAGCAACGCAGCUGCAGGUGGCAGUGGCAGUGGGAGUGGUAUGGCGCCGCAGGUGGUCUCGCAGACGGUGAAGCCAUCGGUCACCUACAUCAACGAGGUGCCAGACAGCCAUCUGCUCGCAAAGAUGCUGCGUAGUCACGAAAGCUGUCUCGGUGGCAGCCUGUACACGGGCCACAUACAUCGGCCCAGGAUGGGAUCACAGGGCUGCCUGGAGGUGCAACCCCUUGAGGGCGGGUGCAAGAUACAUGGCUGUGAACGGGGCGUCAGGUGCAGUGUGGGAAGUGGCAUCAAUGCCUGCUCUUCUACUCCGGACUGUUGCAACGGCGACGAUAUGCCGCAACCGGUUGUGAUCUCGGUGGACCGACCCAGCAACCACCAGCGGGGCGAGAGAGGCGGCCGCAGUCGGCUGGCAUCGCGGCGUCGCUACUCGAACAGUGCGACCGGCGCCCUGGGUGCCACCAACCAGGGGGGCGCCCACCAUGGCCCCCCGCACGGCCUGCUCAUCAGCGGCCAUCCCGGCACAAGUGGCCAGCAGAUCAGCAGCUGUUGCAAUGUGAUGAUGGGUUCGUGUGGAGGCGGCAUGGGCGGCGGCAGUGCGGCCGGCGGUUUCAAGCAGGGUGGAUCGCUCGAGAUGUUCAUCACGCAUAAUGAGAAUAUGCGCGAUAAAGGUCUGAUCUACUGGAAGAAGAAACGCGUAGCGAGGAGUGGCUCGAUGGGGGGCUCUCAGGACGGAGACCUGGGGGUGGUGUUGCGAAACAGCCGCCCCCUGGGGGGGUACAGUGGCAGUCAGCUGGCCGUGUGUCCCAUCGCAGAGCAGAGUGAUGAGCAGCACACCUCGGGUCACGGCGGCACCGACAAUGUCGAGAGUGAUGAUGACGUCUCAGGGAGUCAAUCCCCUCUACUAGACGGAGGACCACUGCCUGAAACUGCUGCCAACACCCCGGGCCCAAAAGACGGCGAACGAACCGGCCGGGGCUCGCUGUCAUCGCAGGGUGGCCAACCCAACACUAGCCAGUGGAACGACGACACCGUUUUCAGCAGCAGCUCCAUGGAGAAAGUCUACCAAACUGUGUUUCAAAAGCAUUUCGGCAACGAAGCGAGGACUAGAAGUAAGGAAAGUGUCGAAAAAGAGGCUGUGGAAAGUAGUGGGGAGGGGGAAGACGACGAAGGUGAUGAGGAGGAUGAUGAUGAUGAUGAGGAGGAACUGGGUAAUAGGAGGAGGAGGAGGAGGAGUGAGGAAGCAGUGACAAUUAAAAAUAGUUGUAGCAGUAGUAGUCGUGAGUUUGCUGGUGGUAGUAAUAGUGGCAAAGUUGUGUACAGUGAGGGGGCAGGUGAGGGAGGGAGGAGUGAUUGUGAAAGGAGUAGGAGGAGGAGAAGUGAUGGGGAAAGGACUAGGAAGCAGAGGAGGAGUGGCAGUGAAGGGGAGAAGGGUGGGAGGAGGAAAGAGGAGGAGAGGCGGAGCAGUAAAGAGGAUGUGAAAGAAACGCAGUCAUCAACCUCAGGCUUAAGUCACAGACGAGCAAUGAGCGAAGACUGUACUUCUGCUGUGGCAAAAUCAGUAAUUACCUCAUCUCCUUCCAUCCCAGCCGUUGCUAUGAAAAAUCUCAACCAAACAAUACCAGCCAACCCAGCUGUUAAUAGUGAAUCACCCAGUAUCAUAGGACUUGAUUGGCUGUUUGAGAACACUGACAACGAAGAACUAUUCACUCAAGCAGUUACUGCUGGCGGAGGGGUGACGGGAGGUAGAGUGCGAGAGACCGGAAGUAAGAGUGGGGAGACCGGAAGUAAAGGAGGAGAAAGUGGAAGUAAAGUAGAAGAUACUGGAAGUAAAGUUGGUGAAACUGGAAGUAAGGGAGCCGAUACCGGAAGUAAAGGAGGAGAAGCAGGAAGUCCGGAAGUGGAGGUUGGCGGUAUGGGAAGAUUGGUACCACUGUCACACAGUGCUGCCAAACACAAGAUGGCCGUCAGACCGAGGCGAACUUAUAGUGUGCCAAGAAGAUCACAAGAAUUUGCCGAGCGCAGCCGCGAAGGCUCGGCGAGUGCUGAGUCGACAAAUUCGACGGUGAGCGGUGGGGGUGGGGUUGCUGAAGUCAGCAAAUCGCACGAGGGCGGAGUGAGUGAGUUGGGUGACGUCACAGCAAUGGCUGCCAGGGCCAGUCAGUCUGCUUCCAACAUACAGCAAGGCGCUAUUCCUAAACAACUGUCCCGUACUGAUGGCCGAGAAAGAAGAAGAUACAGCACUGAAGGUGCCGGUCUGCAGAGAGCUGAUGAAAGACGGAGACAGAGAAAAGCUGGAAAGCAAAGAGACAAGGAAAGAGCUUCAGGUCUGCAGCGCAGCUCUCAGCGUCGCACCAGCUCUGAUGACAGACUGCUGAUGGCUGGUAACGAUGCACAGCGGACAGAAGGCCACAAAGCUGCGAUCACUUUGUUCAAAGAGGACAAGAACAACAACACCAACCAACAACAACAACAGCAACAGCAGCGAGGUGCUGUUGAUAACAACAACAGCUCUUCAGGUUCAGGCGAAUCAAACACCGAACUGAGUACCUUGCUGACCCCUUCAGCUCCCACUCCACUGUUGGCUGCUUUCCUGGCCACUCGCCCCAAUCCGCCCAACGCGUCUCCUAGCACCGCCUCUGCUGGGGGUGGAGGAGGAGGAGGUGGUGGGGGAGGUGGUAGUUUGGAUGCAAGUGAGCAGAGGUCGCGAAGCAGCGAUGGACGCAGCAGUAGAGCCAGGCAUCGGCGGUUGAAGAGACCUAGGCAGCGGAUGUCGCGUGGCAUGCGUGAUCGCCCGAUGCAACAGUUGGCAGGCCACGGCAUGGCUUCGCUGCAGUUGGCUGCACUGAUUGGCGGCACUCAUCUCGCCGCCUCGCAUGACGACACUACCGACGGAGCUGUCCAUGUCUUCCAGGAUGAGAACGGGCAAUGGUGCACAUACAUGUUCGAUGAGAAAGGAGGCCAAAACGCUACCACAGCGCAAUCCAUCGGCGGAGCCAGCAAACUACUUCAAUCCCUUCUACUGCGACGCAAUUCGCAGGUGGACUCGCACUGGGAAAACUGGGAGAAUUGGGACUACCAGGCGCCCGAUUCGUUGAGCAAUUCAUCGGCCUCUGUCAACUCGUCCAACAUGAACAACUUCAUCAUCGAUAAUAAUUGUUUGAGUGCUAUCCAACAACGAAUGGAGGACGGCAGAAACGACGAAGAAAGACAGGAUGAAAGGGGGACGCGGGGGUAUCUGUCCCCCGUUCGGUUGUUACCUAGCAUCCCCGCCAACUCAGCAGCGUCAGUGUCUCAGUUGCACCAUUUACAUCAGGGUGCUAACGGGGUGUAUGUGUUGGAAACAGUGAGCCCUCAAAUCGUUCCUCACCAAAACACUUCACUGUUUCAUCAAUUAAUGACCGAGAACAUGUCGGAACGUCGUGACCUGCUGCACGCACGUGAAUGCCCCGACGUACGUUGUGUUCCCAACGUAAACGUGCGUACGUUCAUGCGGUUCGCGCCCAUGGAACAGAACCAAAGCGUUCCCGUGCCGCCGCCGUCCAGUUCGCACGUCUCCGAAGAAACUGACACACCGCUCUAUCCUACAGACUUGAACCUCAACAUAAUCGAAAUCGGUCGGUUGAUCGAUUCGACAAAAAUUGCUGAUCGCGCGAAAACGCCGCGGAAAUACUACAAGUUCCAUAUCACGCCUUGUUCCUACAUUAAAGUUCGUCUAGAUCGGUUAGCGUUGUUGGCGUUACUCGAUCGUAACCUAACCUGGACCGAAUUGUGUAUGUCUCUGUUCCUCGCGAUAUGUGUAGCCUUCUUUGGAGCACAACUUCUGCAUCUCGGUUUCUACCUAGAUAUAUCUGCGUUUAUUUUUUGUUUUGUUGUAGCUAGUUGUCAGUAUUCGUUGAUCAAAAGUGUACAACCUGACGCUGCGUCCCCUACACACGGUUACAAUCGUAUAGUAGCCUUCUCGCGACCUGUGUAUUUUUGUAUAAGUAGUGCCUUGAUACUGUUAUUCCACUACGUGAUUACAUCCAACACGUUCACGUUAUCUUCGUUCACGUUGUACGGUAUGUUUUUCACGACGAAAGAUAUUUUGAAACAAGCUCGAGAUUUUUUAGCGACGUUUAUUUUGUGUUUCCCAGUGCUGUUUAGUUUGGGACUGUUUCCACAAGUGAACACGUUCCUGAUGUACUUUUUAGAACAAGUUGAUAUACAUGUGUUCGGGGGUAAUGCAACAUGCUCCUUAAACGCAGCGCUCUACUGUGUGUUCAGGAGUUGUUUAGCGGUAGCAGUGUUGUACGGGUUUGCCUAUGGGGGACUCAGCGAAACAAAAUCAUCCCAACAUAUUUUGUUUUCAAUAUUUUGUGGGCUGCUGAUCGCAACCGCUUAUCAUCUGAGUAGAAGUGCAAGUGAUCCUACGCCGAUUUGGAAUAUUCUGAAGGCAAACCUGUGGCCUGUUGAUGAUGACCUCAUGGGUUUGGAAAACUCUAAAUUUCACCAUCGUGACUCGAAGUUGGAGAAAGGUAAUUCCAUGUCGUCUUCGACUACUAAUCAAAGGCUGUCCUCGUCGUACGACAAGAAAAGUGAGGAUAAUUUGGGGAGUGGGAAGAACGCGGCCGAUGGGGAGUCUGAGUUGGUGGAUCCUCUACCAGGGAAAUUGCAGCGGACUGUUAAUGCGCGACUCAAGUCGGAUCUGAUAAUAUGCACUGUGAUUGCUGUGUUCGUCUUCGGCAUUCAUUGCAGCUCGGUGUUCAUGGCCUUGCAGCCUCAGCUCAAUCCGGUGAUGUGGAGUGUGACGGGCUGCAUAGGGUUCCUGCUGCAUUACAUAGUGCCGCAGCUUCGCAAACAGCUGCCUUGGCUGUGCAUCGCUCGACCCGUGCUUCGCUCGCACGAGCACAACCAGUUCGAGGUUAGGGAGGCCGCCAAGGUUAUGUGGUUCGAACGACUUUACGUGUACCUGUGCUUCUUGGAACGCAACAUCCUGUACCCGGUGCUGUUUCUGUCGAGCGUGACGUCACAGUCGCCAGUGAUUGCGGCCAAACUGGGCGCGGUGAGCGGAGCGCUGGCCGUGACCGUGUGCGCACUCAAGUGCCUGCGCUGCUCGUUCUCGCAUCCGCCGUCGCAGUACCUCAUCCUUGUCUUCGCCGUUCUCUUCUUCCAGCUGGACUAUGCCGCUGCCAGCGAAACAUUCCUUGUCGACUACUUCCUCACGGCCAUUGUGUUCAGCAAGACGCAUGAGUUUCUGCUCAAGGUGCAGUUCGUAGUGACGUACAUAGCUCCGUGGCAGAUCACAUGGGGCUCGGCGUUCCACGCGUUCGCGCAGCCGUUCUCGGUGCCGCACUCGGCCAUGAUGUUCCUGCAGGCGGCCAUUUCAGCUGUCCUCUCCACGCCGUUGAACCCAUUCCUGGGCAGCGCUAUCUUCCUCACCUCCUAUGUGCGGCCGGUCAAGUUCUGGGAGCGCGACUACAACACGCGUCGCGUCGAUCACUCCAACACUCGGCUGUCGUCGCAUCUCGAACGCAAUCUGGGUGCUGACGACAACAACCUGAACUCGAUCUUCUACGAGCACCUGACGCGGUCGCUGCAGCACUCGCUGUGCGGCGACGUGGCGCUGGGUCGGUGGGGCGCCGUGGCGCAGGGCGACUGCUUCGUGCUGGCCUCCGACUACCUCAACUGCCUCGUGCACGUCAUCGAGCUGGGCAACGGUCUGCUCACGUUCCAGGUGCGGGGUCUUGAGUUCAGGGGCACCUACUGCCAGCAGCGCGAGGUCGAGGCUAUAUCCGAGGGCGUCGACGAGAAUGAAGGUUGCUGCUGCUGUGAGCCGGGCCACCUGCCACAUAUGCUCAGCCUGAACGCUGCCUUCUCACAGCGUUGGCUGGCCUGGGAAGUCACCGCCACCUGGACCCCCGACUGGAUCAGUAUAAUAUUCUACGCAGUAGGGUCCCCACGCUUAGAGGAGUGGUUGAAUUCGCCCGUUAUACUUGAAGCACUGCAGCCCAUGUGUGACAAGAAUUUCGUUGAUUUGGAUCCGAUAUUCAAUAUGAACAUCGAUGAAGAUUUCGACUUUCGAGCGGCUGGUAUUACGAGAAACUCGUUCUGUAAUAUUUAUUUGGAAUGGAUACAGUUUUGUGCUGAUCGCCGGGAUAAGAAUAAGACAAUAGUUGAUAAAGGCAAGGAUUCCACCCUAGUGUCGCUGUGCUUCGCUCUCAGUCUGCUUGGACGAAGGACGUUGGGUGCUGCUUCACAUAAUACUGUUUCCAGCGUUGAAUUUUUCCUGUACGGCCUACAUGCUUUAUUCAAAGGGGACUUUCGUAUCACGUCAGUCAGAGAUGAAUGGAUUUUCUCAGACAUGGAUUUGCUGAAAAAGGUUGUGGCCCCUGGUGUGAGGAUGUCUCUCAAAUUGCAUCAAAUUUAUUUUUGUAGGCAUGUUUUUGACGAUGGAUCGGACGAAUACAAAGUGAUAAUGCUGAAUAAGCGUUAUUUGAGUUUUCGUGUGAUUAAAAUGAACAGAGAGUGUGUGAGAGGUCUAUGGGCUGGCCAACAGCAGGAACUGGUCUACUUGAGAAACAGGAACCCUGAAAGAGGCAGUAUACAGAAUGCUAAACAAGCGUUGCGUAACAUAAUCAACUCGUCGUGCGACCAGCCGAUCGGGUACCCGAUCUUCGUGUCUCCGCUGACCACGUCGUACGCAGACACGAACGAGCAGCUGUGCAGCGUGGUGGGGGGAGCCAUCAGCCUGUCGGCCAUCAAGGGGAGUGUGCUGGCUCUGUGUCGGCGACUGCGCAGGCGCUGUGUGGAGGGCUGCAGCAGUGGGGGUAGUGGGGGAGCCGCGCAUGACGAGGGAGGGUUCGGCCAUGAUGGUGUCUACGCCAUGACCACUUACAAUAUACAUUCUGGUUACGGUCACACAACAGGUUCGGGAAGCCAGUCGAUGGAGAGCACAAUGCUGGGAGGGAGCAUGGGCAGGGGCGGAUCGCUGAGCCGGGGCUCCCUAGGUGGCAAUAGAGGUAGCAUUGCAUCAGUCGGCAAACCGUCGUCCAGUACGCUGGCUUCGUUGGCAGGCUUACUUUCAUCGUCGGAAACAGCCAAAGAGGGAUUCUACAAGCGAGAGAGACAACAGGAGACUGAACAGAAACAACAACAGCAACAACAACAACAGCAGCAGCAGCAGCAGCAGCAACAGUACCAACAGGAGUAUGAACAGGAUCAGAGGAGUAUGCCCACCGCUGAAGAGAGGGAGAGAGAGAAGGAGAAGGAGCCGGUGUUCCAGCGAGUUAGGAUAGUGGAUGUGAAUCAGGUGUACGACGCGAUCAACCUGGGUCGGCGAAUCGACGUGGUCUGGCCGGACGAGUGGUGGCGCAAGAAGGGGGGCCGCUCCUCCUGGCAAGACUGGGUGCCGCAAAAGGGCAUGGAGGGACAGGUUGUGCACAGGUGGGUUCCAUUCCACAAAGACAUGAACAGACGGUCGCACGUGGAUCGAACAAUUCUAUUGGUGAAGAUAGAGGACAAAUUUGUGCCUAUCGCCGAAAGUGGUGUCAUGGAUCUGGGAGCUGAAGUCUAAUUCAGAUUCCUCAGGAAUUGCUGAUUUCAAAGUGAGGUAAUUGUUGGAUUUCUUUGAGCGUAUCUCGAAAAUCUACAACAGCAUUAACAUUAACUCGUCACAAAAAAGCAAAGUACUUCUAUUUACUGGGUAAUAUAAAAUUAUAUCGCAGUAUACUCUAGACAUUUGUAUAAAGUAGACCAAGUUGCCUUCAAAAAUAGACUGAUUUAUAUUAUGUAUCGUGUAAAAAUGUGUAAUAUCUAUCGAAUAUACGUGGGUUAUGUGUAUGAAUGUGAUGUCGGCAUUUUUUCUAUAUAUUAUUCGUAAAAAUUCACGACUAUGAUUCUAUCUGGCUAGAACAAUAAUUGAUACUGGUUCUAUGAUAGUGAAAUUUAUGAUAGAGAUCAAUUGUAAGUUAAGAGAUUUAUGUAAUUGUAAUUCAUGUGAUUCAAAUCAAGCCUACAUGGCUUGACAUUCUGAUAUUUUAUUGUAAAAUUCAAUUUCAGUUCAAAUACAUUCUUGCCACUUGUUCAAUAUACUCUCUGAAUUUCUUCUAUUGUUCUCAACGUUAUGAUAGUAUUUAUUACAUUACAGUUUAUGUCCAUUUUCAUUCUGUUUUGAAAUUUUCUUUAUAUUUUUAUACAUUGUGAAAAGUGUUGUGUUAUUUUUAUGUGAUUGUGAGAGAAGGUAACUCAUUUUUCUGUGCUUCAAGUUUUUAUACUUUCACCAAAGAUUGUUAUUGAUUUCUUUUUUCUCAUUAUUAUUUGGAAUAAUGUUCAUUUUGGUGUUAUCAGAUCAUCUUUAUCUCCGUAUAAAAUUAAGAACUGAAUAAUGAAUGCAUCAUAUACCGUGUAUAUUAGAAACGAGAGCCGUUUAAAAGAAGACUAAAUUAGUAAAUAAGGUGUAUGUUUCUAAUAAUCCUAAAAAGGUUUGUUUUUAACAUAAAUAAUAUUUUGUGAUUGAGAAUAAAUAAAAUGAAUUUUGUUUAAAAAAAAUAGUAAAUUCACGAUUUAAAAAGUAGCAGAUUAAUUCUUUCUCUAUAAUAUUAAUCAAUUGAUUUUCCUUUGAACUGAUGUUGGUUUGAAGAGAAAUAAUGCAUAUUAUGAGUAUUGUAUUUUGAGAACUGCACAACAUAUCUUAUUAAAAACCUUUCAACGAAUUUAUAGAUUUUAUCUACUUAGAAACGAACUAUUUCAAAACACUACCAUCUCGCAUUUACAAUUUCACCAUAAUCUAUUAAUCAAAUGGAAUCGAUCAAAGUUGAAAAUUGUUCAUUCAAUGAAAAACAAAUAAUUACUCAAGAAUUUUAAAAUGCGAUCUUUUACAUGAAAAUUGAUACUACAAGUCUUUUUUAUGCAAAAAGCGACUACAAUUUUCUAUUAAAAAUACAGUUUAUGGUGUGAUUUUUUAAUUUAAAAAUCAAUAAUGAAAAUCUCUUGAAGCAAAAGGUGAUUCCAAUUGUUUUUCUCUAAAAUUGAUUUUAGGAAUUUUGAGAUUUAUUUGACAAAUUAGUUAGAAGUUCUGAGUUCAUUCAUGAAACUAGUUCCAAGAAUGACUCGUUCCUUCAUCAAUGAAUUGAUUAUAAGUCACUAUAGAACUCAUUAAAAUUUCCCCUCCCCCUUUGGCAACAUAUUCAAAUAUUCAUUGGAUUGAACCAACAAUGUUCCAUAAUUCGGACUACGUGUAACCUUAUCUAAAUAUGGUAGAGGAAUAGCACAAGGUUACCCUAUUUUUUUCUCUCCCUAUCAUUUUUGAUGAUGUGCUCAUUGUAUGAAUCAAUAAAGAAUAAUAGUAGAUUUUUACUAUAACUAUUACUUUCGAGACAUUUCAACGUAUCACAAAUCAAUAGAAAUAUUUUUCAGUUAGGAAUUUCCUCUUAUUUUUCAACUAGAACGGAUUCUUUUUCAUCCACUUUGAAAAAAUCUAAUAAGAAUAGCCCUAGACAUAUUCUAGUCUUAUUCCUAGAUACAUUUACUCGAUCAAUAUGAUAAUUAAAUCUUGUACUCUUAUUCAACUACACAGUGUAUAUUGUUUCCUAGUGUAGUACACACUACAAUAUCUUAAUUAUCAUUAGUAACAUCAAUACCUGAAACUAUCCACUUUAUGUAGUUCUCAUUGAAAUUAACCAAUUGAUUUGAAAUUUAUAAAUAGUGUAGAUAUAAUAUAUGAAAAUUUUUAGUUCUUUACGUCUAUUAGGUAUUCUGUGAACAAUACUGUUCAGCAUUUAUGCUUUCAUAUCAAAGACACUAAUAUUAAAUGUUUUUAAAAAUUGAAAAUAAUAUUAGAAAAAUAUUUGUUCUUAUUUGUAGUUUUUAUGAAAAUAUUUGAUUCUUUGAGUAAUUGUGGGCUUGGAUGGAAAAUGUAAAGUACGUUAUUAAAUCAAAAUUAUCGUGUGUAAAUUGUAAAUUUUUCGAUAAUCUUGUAAAAAAUUAUUCAAAAGUAGAUGUUAUAUAAGUAUUCUUUUUUAUAAAUGUAAUACAACAUAAAAACGGCGGUUAAAGCAUGAUAAAAUAAUUAUAGUGGAAAAUACUAAUAUUGUCGAAAUCGUAAAUUAUAUUAUUUCAAUGGGAUUUAUAUUUGUGUGCAAUGUGCAUAACUUAUAGACUGUUAUUAUAUUGGAUUUGCAUUAUAUGUCCAAUAGUUCCCUUAAAUACUUACCAAUCAAAAUUUCAGGCAUGUUUUAUAUCACUUUCUAUCAAACUGUUUUCUGAAAAGGUAAUUCUUUAUCCAAUGAUUGAUACCGGUACUUAUCUGCUAGUUCUUGAUUUGAUAUAUUCACCGUCAACAAACCCAAAGCGAUUGAUACUUUAGUGAAAUGGUGACAGUUUGGCAAAAGAACCGCGAACUUCAUACUAUGCAUAUCAAAACCCGGUGGUUCGAGAUCCACCUCAAACUGUAGUGCAUUCGUCAUAAACUAACAAAAACAAGUUUCAAACUCACUAAGCAGAGUAUUCAGAAAAAAAUUAUUUUGGAAAAUAUUAGAAUUUAAUUUUUCAAAAUUAAAAUCUUCAAUUUUAUUUUAAUAAAAAAAUAGGCCACUGCUACUCUAAUAAUAAUAAUUAUUAUUAUUACAUAUAAGGUGUAUUGGCACCUUAUUCACGUCUAAUCAAAACUUCUCAUUUUGAAACAUUUUCAAAGAACUGAAUUGAAUGCAAACUACCUAAUUCAUCUCCAGGAUUGAUUGAAAACUGGUCAUUUUUUAAAAUAUUAGUUAAUUGUUUAUUGAUUAUCUAUUAUUGAUUCUUCUGCUGAUCAAAUAUUUCCAAUUUGUGAUGAAUAUUUCUAGUCCACUCUCUUUGCAAAACCAAUGUAAUAGCAUUUUGUGUGGUUUAUCUUCGGAAAUCGGCUAUCGCAAAUUAUUAUUUCCUGAAAUUGUGAUAUGAUAUGGCGCAUUUGUAUAUAUUAUCGUCACAAAUCUCGUAUAUUGUAAAUAGAUGAAGACGCAAGUACAUAAAUUAUGUUACUGUUAAAAGAUAUAUAUGGCUGUGGAUUUCAAUGCUUCCUUGAAUAAUUUUCAAACGUCCAGUGAGUCGAGAAUGAAAAGUUGAAAAUGUCGAUAUAUAUUUCGGUGUGUAAGUGUAAUAAAAAUAUAAUCCAAUAUAAUAUUGAAUUUAUGUGACUUCUAAUAGAUGUUUUAAAUGUCAGAGAAGUGUUGCUUGAAAAGCAUUAUAUGAGUUGGCCUAUUAAGUUGGACUAUCAUGUGAAUUUAUUAUUGGUACUAUCAUGUUCAAGUACCUACUGACAAUAUCUUAUAUGGCUUUUUGUAUUUCCAAUGAACUAUGUUUUCACCUUAGUAUUUUUUUUCUCAGUUUGAACUUCUUGAAAAUCUGUUUAAAAGAAUCGUGACUAAUUUUCAGAUUGUCAUAUUUUUCUGUAGUUACUGUUAUUUGAUAAUUGUGAAAUGUGCUAAUUAUUAAAACAUGGAUGAUUGUAAUAGGGCAAAAUUGUCCAGCCUUGGCCUUGCUAUGGUGCAUUAGAACUUUAGUGAGAUUCACUUGAAACUGUCAGCAUCCCUUAUAUAACAUCAAUGCUUCCCAUUCAGACAAUGAUUGCUGACUGGUUGCAGUGAACCUAACUAUAACAAUAUCUAUUGAUUAUUAUUUAUGUACUAGUGAAAGUAGGCUAUGUUUAGGCAACUUUGAUUCUUAAAAUUGGUUCUAAGAUAGGCUACGUACCAUGAGACUUAAUUGAAAAAAAUCAUAUAAGAGAAUAUUCAAGUUGGCACUCAAGGUGUCUUCAAUAACAUUAUUGUCUUAAAUAAUGAUUACCCCUCAAGUAUCACAUAUUAUAAAAUAAUUAUAAAUAUAAUUUAAAAUGUUGAAAUUAUAUUUUUAUUUCUAAUCUUUUUGUCUCACUAAAAUAUAAUAUUUUCAAUUUAUUUUUAUAGGGAACAACCAAAUAUUGUACACGAAUAAUUAUAUGUAAAUUUAAAAAGUGGCUUCUAUCAUUGAUUCAAAGUUUUAAAUUAAAAAAAUAUAUAAAUAGACAUUUAUCUAUUGGUCGCUAUUAAAAAUUAAUAGGUAGUAAAUGCAUAAUAUUGAAUGCGUAUCCCAUCAUUUAACUAUAAAUACUUCACAUAUUUUAGGAUUGAAGAUAUCCUUUUAUUUUUUAUAGAAUAAUAAUUCUUUUUUGAAAUUUUGUCGAUAAUAUUCUUCUUCCUUAUCUGUUCAAUCUCAAACAUGAGUUUCAUUAAAUUUUCAUAAACAUUCAACAUUGAAUGUUAGAUAAUUUUCAAUUAAAAUUUUAUGAUAAUUAUUUUAAUAAUAGAUUUAAGGGGAAACAGUUUUACAUCUUCAUAAAAUUUUUCUCUCAACUUACAAAAAUUCGAAAUUCACUUUGUUUUAAUUAGUAUCCAAUAAAAAUUGGGAUUUUAAGAAAAUAAAAACUUAUGCGUAAUCGUAUUCAAUAUUCGGCCUCAAAUAUAACUCAUUAAAAUUUAUAAUCUAUUAGAAACCAGACAGGUCAUAAUCCUUCAGAUAAUCUCACUGGACGCUAAAAGUAAUGCUAAUGGUAGGCCUAUUCAAUAUUAAGAUUUUUUUAAUGAGCUUGUGAAGAAUGAUCCAGUUUGAAAAUUCAUGGUAAUUAAGGUAGGAUUUGCAAAUUUUUCAUUCGCAUAAAUUGAGAUGGUUUGAUAUCUAUUAUAUCUUGAGAUAUAUUAAGACAAGAUUUAUUAAACGAUAAUAAAUUAUGGGACUUGAUUCAUUCAAAAUGAAUCAGUAUCCAAGGCUUGUAGUCAAUUCAUUAAUAAGACCUAAUAUUCGAAUUUAGCACUAUUGUGGAUGAUUUAAUUGUUAUCAUUGAUAAUUAUUAGUUGAAGUCAAUUAAUGUUAGCAAUUUUUCUGUUGUUGAUAAUUUUGUACAUUACUAGGGUUUUUAAAUUAGUUCAAAUUCAAUUUUUGUAUAUUUUGUCAUACAUUAUCACUCAUUCUAAAUUACU